AAGGCCUUUGACGUCAUCGAAAAUCUGACAAAAUCUUUCCUUCUGUGCCUCAAUCCGGUAUUAUAGUUGACAAUAUCAGCUCUCGAGUACUUUAUUGAACGACAACUUGCGGACAAACGAUCGGUGACGCUAUUCUUGACCUCUGGCUAACCAGGCAAGGUCACUCGGAAUCCCAAAACGCCAGGUUGGACAAUAGCGCUAGUCAGUUGAGUUUUCCUUUGGAUGGUGACGUUCUUUUGUAUUUAAGGUGCAUUUUUAAGUAUAAACGAUGUUUAUUUGCCACCACCACGUGGAUAUUAAUGUAUUGAUAACAUCGACAGUUAUCCUGGCGUGGACAGUCUGCCAAGGAGCGCCCACCGAAACACCGCGUGUCCUGAUGAUUGUUGGCGGUAAGGAUUCCCGCAGUUCCUCUUGGCCGUGGCAGGCAGGGUUGUUGGUGUCGAGGGAAGGAUUCGUGUGUGGAGGCACGCUGAUAGAGUACGAUACUGUCCUCACAGCGGCACACUGUGUCCGCGGACUCACAUCUGACAGAUUAACAGUGGUUUUGGGGGACUACAACCGAGACAUCCCGGAUGGUACGGAGCAGUUUAUCGGAGUGAUGCAUACGUCAUUGCAUCCCCUUUAUAAUGGGGACUUCCUGGGAGGUUACGACAUCGCCCUACUCCACUUGAAAACCAACGCUACCGAUACCCCGGGGGUGAGGCCGAUCCCCGCCCUCGCCAAACGCAAUCAGAGAAUAUCACAUAGCGACUGUUACAUCACGGGAUGGGGGGUCGUGAAACAGGAGAUGAAAGAGGAGGAGGACAAAGGUGAUGAAAAGGAAGAGGACGAAACACCUCCAUGCAAUCAAAUGAAAAGCAUACCAAAUGAAGUGGGAGACUACGGAAAACUCGCCACUCGCCUGCAGGAAGCCAACAUCAACAUAAUCAGUAACAGCAAAUGCAAUUCGAAAAAGUUCUGGGACGGGAUUGUCAGAACCACGAGUCUCUGUGCCUUCCACAAAAAUACGGCAGCUUGCGAGGGCGAUUCCGGUGGUCCGUUGGUGUGUAAGAGGAAGGGAUCGUUUGUUCUUCUUGGCACGACGUCGUGGGGGGCCAUAUCAUGUCAGGAAUACCCAACAGUCUUCACAAAGGUCGCCAUCUUCCGACGCUGGAUCCUAAACCGAAUACAGGAGAAGAGACAUCUUGGCCAGCUAUCUUCCGUGAAUAAGGAACUCUGUGAUCGUGUCACGGAAAACGAGAAACAAUCGAAAUAACAACUUACAGAUAGAAUAGAAUCCUGUUAAUCUUAAUGCGAAAAUGUCUGUAAAAAUAAUGGAAGAGUCCAGAAAGAAUUUUUUUUUUUUGCUUAGAUAUUUUCAAAUAUUCCUAAAUGACAGAAAAUUCGUAUGAACGAAAUGUGAUAUCCAGAGUUCUAUUAUAAAUGAAACGCAUGAUAUUAUGUCUUCUCCGACGGUUGCAUUAGAUGAAUCACCCGGCUUUGGCUGGGUGUCUUGUCCCAAAUGACUUUUACAGCAGAUUUGAUUGACGUUGGUCGUGCUAGUGUCUAGGCCAACGAUCAUGCGGCAUUGUGAAUAUAAAUCGUCUGCGACAGCUGGUCACUUUUCUUUGAUAUUCGUUGCUUUUGUAUACUCAAAGGGGUGGAUUUAAUGAGAUUGUUUAAUUUAAGAAAAGUGAUCGUAAUACUAAUUCUCAGAUAUCAAAAAACUACAGUAUAACCAAUGGACAUUAUUGAAACUGUUUGUUGGGGAAAGUGUGUUCCUGGAAAUUGAUAUAUGUCCUGUAGACAUGUCUGGCUGGUGUACAUUUUUUCUGGAAAUGUCCUCUCUCAGUUUCACUUCCAACAAAAUGUAAUCAUGAUAUAGGUGUAUUUUGUCUGGAUAUGUCCUCUCACAGGUUCACUUCGAACAACUUGUACUCAUGAUAUAGGUGUAUUUUGUCUGGAUAUGUCCUCUCACAGGUUCACUUCGAACAACUUGUACUCAUGAUAUAGGUGUAUUUUGUCUGGAUAUGUCCUCCACAGGUUCACUUCGAACAACUUGUACUCAUGAUAUAGGUGUAUUUUGUCUGGAUAUGUCCUCUCACAGGUUCACUUCGAACAACUUGUACUCAUGAUAUAGGUGUAUUUUGUCUGGAUAUGUCCUCUCACAGGUUCACUUCGAACAACUUGUACUCAUGAUAUAGGUGUAUUUUGUCUGGAGAUGUCCUCCACAGGUUCACUUCGAACAAUUUGUUAUCAUGAUAUAGGUGUAUUUUCUUUUGUAGCGUCUGACUCAACAGAUUUUGGAAAAGUUAAGAAUCUUUGUCAACAUUUGUUUUUGUAGAGAUUUUCUGACUUAAAAUUAUCUCAAUAAAAUUUGGUAGGAUAUAUUGCAGAUUUAUUAUAGUUUUGUAAGCAGCAGUGAUGGAACAAUGUUUCAGGUUGUAACUCACAUCUACUGCACUGUGAUGCAAGAACCUGUUAACUUCAAACUUUUGCAUUAGACGGACGUAUAUUGUUGGUAUUUGCUUCUUCCGCCCUCCUUUAUUUUCAGUCACCUAGCUUAAUAUCUAACAUGCACCAUACAAAAUUGU